AUGUCUGUCGCAGAACAAGGACUCGGAGCCGGCUGGAGCUGUCAAGUGGACUUGGGCGCCGUCCUGAGCCAGAUAGUGGAGAAGGAGGCGACCCGAGUAAGAAAAGUGUUUAUUGCUGGCCUGAGCUGGGAUCCCAGCAAAAGGGGUCCAAAGACUAGUUUACCAAAUUUGGAGACAUUAUUGAUCAUAUUACAAAGAGGGAUCCCUACAUUGGAAGAUCAAGAGGAUCCUGGUUCAUCCUCUUUAAGAUGCAGCCAGGGUAGAAAAGGGAAGAUCCUAGACCAGAAGCAUGAACCCCAAAAAGUUCACAGCCACGAAGAAGGAUCUCUUGCCACCAAGAAGAUAGGGGAGUACUUUGGCGAGUUUCCUAAUGACUCAGGAGGAUCUUCAAAAUAUGCAGAAGCACUUAAUGAAAUUUCUGACUUCAGAGAAGUGGAAGGAGAUAACCUUUUUAGACAUGUGCCUUUGAGAUGGACAUCAUUGCUGCCAGCCAUUGAAAAGAUGCUAAAAUGUUGGCCUCCCAUAAAACCUUACUUUCAAAAUGUGGGACAAGAAGAAUGUCCUUCUUUGACUUGGAAAUACAUUGAGGAUGAAAAUGGAGAAAAGGAUUACAGUAAAACAGAAAUGUAUAUGCUGUUUCUCCAAAACUGUUUGAUGAUCUUUGAAGAGGCCAUAAAGUGCCUCAAAAAGGAUGAAUUGACUGCACCUGAGCUGCUUGAUGUUAUGUAUAGGUUGAGAGAAAGACUUAUACAGCAGAAAAAGGAGUCCUUUUUUUGGAAGUAAGACUGCUGCAGAACUAAAAAAGAAAGAAAGAAAAAGUCACCAAAAAGGGGCACCCAGGUUAAACAGGACUUUCUUAAUUUCUUUACUAAAACUUUAACUUAUUUGGAAUUCAACUUGAAUUUCACCAGUUCAAAUUAUCUCUGUGCCUUAAAACCAUUUUCCCUGAGAAGAUGUUUAACUUAUGACGACAUCCAGUGUGCAUCGGAGUGUUUAAGGAUGAUGGCUUUCUGAGACAUAGAUGGCCUACGUGAUGAAUUUACAGAUGCAAGGGACUUGAUUGACAGACAGCUGGGCUAUCAAAACAAGCCUGUGGAUACAAAGUGGGUGGACAUUUUUAGAGAAAUGGAAACUAAUACCUACAAAGCUAAAAAUUUGCUGUUGCUAGGAAGUAAAAUCUUAAGUAUUCCACACUCAAACACUUUCAUUGAGCAAAUAUUUAGCUUAAUGUCAUCACAUUGGACUGAUACUAGGAAUCAGUGCAAUGUAGGCUUGAGCAGAGCCAGAGCUGCAAGUCAGAGUGGGUUUCACAUUUGACUGUAUUCAGUUUUUACCACUACAUAAGAGAAAAGAAGGAUGUCCUAAUGGCUGCAAGCAGUUCAGAAAAGUGUUACUGGAAAAGAAGAAAGAAUAAAAAUAUUCUACUGCGUCAUGGGACAGAAAGGAAUAAUGUCACUUUUAAUUUAAACAUAGGAAAUAUCUGUUUAAUCCUAUGAUGUUCACAUUCUCCUUUUAAAGUCUUAUUUUGAUUUAUGUAUUUGUAUUUAAAAUAUCUAUAGCAUAUUAACAGCAGUAUGUGUCUAAUUUAGAAAUAAACAAUAUGAUAUGCUGGGA